AUCCUCGAGCAUCAAGAGGGACUCUCAAUCAGAGGGAGCCUCGCGCGCUACUAACGAUGAGGUUCCCCGACCAGCACGCGCUCCGUUUGGAAUGAGAGGGAGAAGAAAAGCUGGCGAUGAACGCAGGGAGUGAGCGCGCGCGCGCAGCGACGUUGCCGCACUUUCCCAAAUUGAGAGAGAGAGAGAGAGAGAGAGAGAGUUGAAGCGCGGCAGAGAGGGGCGGCAGAACACACAGGGUCUGGGUGAAUGUAUAACCAUGGCAACAGCAGCAGCAGCAUCAGAAGCACGAGAAGCUGGGAUAUAAACAUUGCAUCCGUCCGUCCGCCCGCAAACAGACCGAUUUUUACUCCGUUUAAGGAUCGGAGCUGGAGCCGAACCCUCUGCGGACAUCACACCACAUCGCUGCUAAGGUGAUGAGUGGGACUGUAUCAUGUCUGAAGUACAGGGAACGCUGGAGUUUUCUGUAGAACUGCACAAGUUUCACAAUGUGGAUCUGUUUCAGAGGGGCUUCUACCAGAUACGAGCAGCACUGAAAGUCUCACCUCGAGUUCCCCACAGGUUGACCGUGACAACAACUGACAAUGCAGGAGAGUGCAGCUUCAGCUCCACGGGGGUGUACGACGGCAGCGUCUUCAGCCGGAUAGUUCAGAUCCUCUACAGAAACGAGGAGAUUGAUGUCAACGACUGCAUGAUCUUCAAAGUCCACCUACUACUGGAUGGAGAAAGGUUGGAGGAAGCCUUGAGUGAGGUGGACUUCCAGUUGAAGUUGGAUCUUCACUUCACAGACAAUGAGCAACAGUUGGCAGAGAUAGUGACAGUCCCGUUGAUCAGCAGUCGGACUCUGAGGCUCCACUUCCAUCCGCGGCGAGGCCUUCACCAUCACGUCCCCGUCAUGUUUGACUACUUCCACUUGUCUGUCAUUUCUGUCUCCGUGCACGCCUCACUGGUUGCCUUACACCAACCGCUAAUCAGCUUUGCGCGCACGGGGAAGGGCACCUGGCUGGGGAAAGGCUCGCCUGAGAGCGUGAGCGACCCGUCUGCUGUGUCUGUGGAGAACCUGGUGUUCGGAGCUGGCUACUGCAAGCCUGUCAUCUCUGAGGGAAGCUUUUAUGUGCCCAGUGAAAACUGCCUGCAGAGAGCUCAUACGUGGCACCGGAGGCUCUGUCGCCUCCUGCUGGCCGCGCACAGAGGGCUGCAUGCCUACUGCAGCUCGCUGAGGCAGGAGAUCCCGCAGCUGCAGCUGGUUCCACUGGAGUCAGAGUUGCUGCCUGUAGAUGAAAUUCUAAACCAGCUCUCCAUAGAGUUACAGCUGCAGGAAGGCCAUGAGAAGGUAGCCGAACAGAUCAGCAGGGACGUGAGCCAGCUCUGCUCCCAGCUGGCUGCGCUGUGGAGCCGUUUCCUGGAGACAGCUGUGCUCAACCCCUACAUCCUGUCCUAUCUGACUCAGGAACAUCACACACUUAGGGUGAGAAGAUUCUCAGAGGCAUAUUUCUUCACCGAACACCCGAAAGAGAUCUGUUUGACGUUUCAGGAAGAACUAAUCAACAGACACGGCCAGAUAGCUGCAGAAGUGCGGAGCUCUGACUACUUGACCAAAAUGCCUCCUUUGCCCGUCGAGUGCCUGGACAUCGAUGGAGACUGGAACAGCCUGCCCAUCAUCUUUGAGGACAGAUAUGCAGAGUUUCUGCAGACAGAAACGGUAUCGCAUGUGCCAAUACUUGAAACCACCAAAGAAUUCUCCACCAAACGGAUUCUUCAUAGCAGCCAGGAAGCCAAAUCACCAGCAUUAUCCCGGCAUUCCUUGGACAGUGAAGAAUGCAUGGACACUCCCAUGCAUGUCGCAGUUAAAGCGGAUCAAAGGCAAAAUGAUGUAACAGAUACCCAGAACAUCAUCCAGACUGAGCACGAUACAGAAGAUUCCAUGGUUGACGAUCAGAAGUUGAAGGAACCAGCAGAAAGUCUUGGCAUUGCUGAUGAACCCUUUCCUACAGAUCCAUCUACUGGAGAGGGAGCUCUUGUUCUUUCCUCUGAUUGUACCAACAGUGGUAAAGAGUCUCCUGUUCUCAAUGGAAGAGAAAACUUCUCUGUACCUUGUGAUGGUAACAACCUUAGCACAACCACUGAACAAGAAAACACAGAAGAGGACAGUGAUGUCGCUAUGCCUUUAAAUCACUCGAUGGAUGACGACAGCGAAGAUGUUCCCCCCAACAGCGUGAGUCCUGCUUUGCCUCCAUUCCCUGGAGACCUCAGGAAAGAAACGACUCAUCGUGGAGGCUUGGUAAGCUCAAAGAUCAUGAAGCGCUCGUCGUCCGUAAUCUCAGACUCGGGUAUCGAGAGCGAGCCUAGCUCGGUGGCGUGGCCCAUGGAAGUUGUGCUUCGGGGACGACCUUCUCUAGAUUUCUCUAGUGAGCGGGAGAUCCCGAAACAAAUCGUGUUGGACCACCCAGUCCAUCGCAGCUGUCUGGAAGGCCUGCGGAUGGGGAGCAAUGGCAGCCUUCCAAGUGGAGGCAUAGAGGCCUCUCUCACCUCGAUUAGCUCCCUGCCCUACGAGGAGGACCAGCAAAAUCGGAAACUCAGCAAACUGACUAAGUCUGUCUCUGCACCACAAAUAAGCAGCCCAGAAGAUGUGGAGGAAGAUCAUAUUUUAAUCGGUUUGGAAAAAGACAGGACAAGCUCAGUGUGUCAGCAGGAUUUGGGCAUUUUGAACAUGGAUUCAGAACAAUCUGAGUUGUCUCAGCUAAGCCUAAACACUGACCAGACUGGUAGGAGCGUGGGCUCAGAAAAUUCAAACUCUCAGCAGGAUUUGUCAGAGACCUGUGGAAGAAAGUUGGUCUUAAGUGGCGUGUCUGACGUGUUACUUUCCCAAAACUCCAUAGAGAGGCUUUUCGUAGCGGCAAGUGGCAACCGGGGGGAUGAAAAGAACCGUCAAACACACAUGAAUGGAGAGAGCGCUUCAGUGGAAGAUGUGCAUCUCCUCGAAUCGGAAGUAGCUCCCUAUAGAUGUGGAAGCAAACCAUGUGUGUGUAAAAGUGCAGCAGAGCAGGGCAGCAGUAGCUGCGGAGAUGAUUGCCAGAGUUUCCACCAGAGUGAGCAGAGAGGCGUCGAGGAUAGACAUCUGGAUUCCCCACACAUGCCCCUGAAAAGCUCACAGUCCAACGAUCUUACCAACAGGAUCGCCGUCAGGCCCAGUGACCUCACAGGGCUGAGGGCCAUGGAAAUAACGUCGCCCCCUAACCUCAGCGGCACAUCAAUCAGUGACAAAGACCCUUUGGAAAGCCAGACCAAGGCCUCAAAAAUUCCUAACUCCGGGCUGGCCUUUGUGAAUAAGAAGAUGGUGGAGGUGGUGAACAUGUCUGUGUCCUGCGCCCCGACUUGCCUGCCGUUUUCAUCCGUCCUUAGAGACUCCCCCUCCGUCAGCGGCAUAUCUGCUCGCCAGGCUUCCUCGCCUAUUACCCAUCAGCCUCUGGGCUCCUUCGGUAUCAUCUCCUCAUCUUCGCUCAGCCCCUUGGCCACGGAUGAGGAGACCAAUGAACGGAUGCUGAGUUUCUACAAAGCCAAAGAGGAGCUUCUGAAAGAGUUGAAGUUCCAGGCCAGCUUGUACAGCGAUCUUCCUCUCCUGGCGUCAGAUCUGCCCUACUUCCCUCCUGAGGAGGACGACGAGGAGUUUGAAGACGGGAUACAUCUCGUGGUGUGUGUCCACGGUCUUGACGGCAACAGCGCGGACCUCCGACUGGUCAAGACGUUCAUUGAACUGGGCCUGCCGGGAUCCAGGCUCGACUUCCUAAUGUCUGAACGGAAUCAGGCCGACACGUUUGCAGAUUUCGACACCAUGACAGAUCGACUCCUGGAUGAGAUCAUUCAGCACAUCCAGCUGUACAAUCUCACUAUUGGCAGGAUAAGCUUCAUCGGCCACUCCCUGGGCAACGUCAUCAUCCGGUCAGUGCUGACCAGGCCUCGCUUCCGCUGCUACCUGCCCAGGCUGCACACCUUCCUCUCUCUGUCUGGUCCACACCUGGGAACGCUGUACAACAACAGCGCCUUGGUCAGCACAGGUCUGUGGUUAAUGCAGAAGCUGAAGAAGUCGGGAUCCUUGCUGCAGCUCACUUUCAGAGAUCAUGUUGAUCCGCGGAAAACCUUCCUCUACCUCCUGAGUCAGAAACCAGGGCUGCAGUACUUCAAGAAUGUGGUGUUGGUGGCGUCUCCGCAGGACCGAUACGUUCCGUUCCACUCAGCCAGGAUAGAGAUGUGCACGACUGCCCUGAAAGACAGGACCACAGGGCCCGUUUACACCGAGAUGAUCAACAACCUCCUGCAGCCAGUGGUGGAGGCCACGGAGUGCCGCCUGAUCCGGCAGAACGUGUUCCACGCCCUGCCAAACACGGCCAACACCCUGAUCGGCCGCGCUGCCCACAUCGCCGUCCUGGACUCUGAGCUCUUCCUGGAGAAGUUCUUCCUGGUGGCGGGGCUCAACUACUUCAAAUAGAGGCAGUGCAGCCACAGCUCACCAGAACCGAGUGGAGAGUCUAAGUUUUCUCAUUACUCUGUACAGUCCAUGUUACGAAUGUAAAAAAAAAAAGUCAGCUCUGUAAAUCCUACCUUUUAGGCUCGUUAGCCAUCGUCCUGAAAGAAUUAGUGUGUCAUGACUGUUCCUGUUGAAAACUCAGAUGAGUGUGAUUUGUAGCUUAUCCAACACGAAACAUCUGAGGGCGAUGAAGAGAAAAACGGAGGAUGUUUUGUCUGCCUUAUGAGUACGCUCUCAGCCAGAAACACAAGCAGAAGCUAACGGUGUUCCCUGCUUUCCCUUUAGACCUCAUUUAGAACAUUCUGCAUUUGCUGGUUGAUGAAUUCUUUCAGUAGGAGUCACACCGAUGUUAUUCUUCACACCGUCUGUAGAACCAAUGCAAUAGAUGUGCGGCAUUUAACCCUAUGAUUGUACAUGGAGUAUAUUGUUGUACAGGAAACAGUUCUUCCUUUAUACAAAAGAGAUAUAUUGUUUAAGAUGAUUUAUUUUUACGUAUCUACGGUGUAAGUAGUUCUUCUAAAUGUGAACUUCUGUGUCUUUGUGUGAACUCCACUGACGUUGUCCCAUGUGGGGAGAGGUGGAACGGGGUGUAGCUGAAAAUUGACUUCAUUCAUAUCCAUUUAGCUCAGUUGUCUAAAUAUUAAGUGAAAAGUGAAUUAUUUUAUAUUUCUAAAGACUUUUUGCAUUUUCUAAUCAGCAUCUGCAAUCAGCUGAUUCUAAUUAGCUAUCAAAACCCACACCAGCCAACAAAGCCACUGAAAACACUAAGCACUAAUAACGAAGUACUAGCAACCUUUCUCGAAGUCACAUUUAUAAAUAGCUGCCCAUUUAAAAAUGUUUAAAACAAAAUUACAAAGGAGUAACAUAAUACAAAGUUUCCAGGUUUGGCUAGAUGAUGACGUCCUUGCUUAGCGACAUAAUCAUUUAGCGACGGUGUGCAGGUGUUACACUCAACAUUUUAGAAACAAAGGCCCAAAAAAGUUUUGGGUAACACAAACAAAAGAACCUGAACUUGAUCUGUUUUUGGAUAAGCUUGGAGUAUUUAUUUAUUUAUUUUUUUUACUAAAUUUUUGCACUUCCUCAAAGUAAGUGAAGCAUCCAGUAAAUGCAGGGACUUAAUUUUUCUCCACUCUGAAGCAGGAUAUUUCUGAGUCUAUCCAGAGAUGAAAGAAAGUCUGUUACAAUAUGGGAUUUAUGCUUCUUAAACACCAUCCAUAUUAAGUGACUUUGUCUUUCUAUAGCUCUGGUCCGAUGACGACAACUUCAGACAGAUUAAUCUAAAAGCAGGUGGUGAAAAUAAUUCAGGGUUUUACAUCAUGAGGAUAUGCCUGUAGUCCAUCUGGUUGGAUUAAUCAGGAUUUAUAGAUAUGUAUAGCUGAGUAUCAUCAGCAUAACGAUGGGACCUUAUCCCAUGUUGUGAUACUUUGACCAUGUGGAUUAUUUAUAUGUGCAAGUGAUCCAAACUCUAAACUCUGUGGUACUCCAUCCUGGUGCAUGUGGACGGUUUGUCAUCGACAUGAACAAACUGAAGCUUAUAACACAGAUUGAAUGCAUCCAUCAGAUUACUUCAAGAAUUCUGGAUGAGAAAAAACAAAACAUUAGAUAUAGGAAGGUAAUACAUGAAGAAGUAUUAAAUCUGAACAGACUGCAUUCUAGAGGUAUUUUAGUUAUGAGUUACUGUACAACUCCAACAACAGGUGUUGACCUCAGAAGUGUGACUUUUAGGCUGUUUUGAAAGCGUAACAUUUUGCAAUAAAUGUUCCCUCUGUGUUUAUAUUAAACAAUGAAUAUGCUUGUAAAAACAAACCAGCUUUCAGAUUCUACCCUGCAGCUUUGGGUUUAGCUUGUACCACUUGUUUUUUGUACAGAAACCUACACCAACAACAGAACAUUCCCUGUAGUCAUAGGGCAAGAAGUCUAGAAACACGUUUCUACAAAAAAAGGCUGGGUACAACCCAAGUGUCAGGACAUACCAUUAGAGUCCAAUGCUACUGGCACCCACUAGUGUUACUUGUUAGCCCAGAAAGUGUUUUCAUGUCUUGUAAAAUUCUAAAUGAUUACAUUUUUCCGACCAGCCAAUAUGUGAUCUUUAGCUAGAUUCAAUGACAACAUAUUGGGGUCACUGUGGAUAAAAAAACCUCAGAAAUUUGGAAGACAAUUUCAGACAUUUUCUAGAAAAAAAAAAUUGGAUGUUCAAAAGCCUAAAACUUUAUACGUUUGGAAAUAUUUGACUUUUUAAACUCAGAUAUUUCCUUUUUUUUUUCUAAAAAUUUAAUUUUAUUUUUUUUGUAAAUUAUUUUUUCCGCCCUAAUAUGGCACCAUAAGAUUCACUAUGAUCAACAUGCUGGCGGCUUCACUUAAAAACCAAAAAUCAGAAAAACUUUUGACAGUUUUUCGGUUUGGUUCUGAAAUACUUUUAUCAAAAAUAUGCUGCUUUGUGCAUUUACUCUUCCAGUAUUUAUCUAAAUGAUUUUGUCCAUCUGGUAGCUACUGAGGCUCGGUCAGGCAGUUGAGCUGAUUAUUUAGUCCAAUUAUUUGUGGAAGCAUGACUACCCCAAGCUAUGAGAUCAACCUAUUGUGAAGGAUCUCUAUUAGUUAUGAGACAAACAGUAAACAGGCUCACUAAUAUAAUCAAGCUUAUAUAAUGAGAGACAGAAACAUGACAAAUUACUACAACAUUGUGGUCCAAUAGCCAUCGUUUUCCUAAUGAGCCAUUUUUUAAUGUCUCGAUUAAAAUCCUCCUUUGACAGCCACAGAUUUUUAAUAAGGGUAGAUUAGCAUUUCAGUGCUGUCAUUUUUCAGGAAAUUUAAAUGAUUUUGAAUGAACUGCCACGAUUUACCUCCGUUGUUUUCGAAAUCAUCAUGAUGCGUAUCAAAAUGUCAUCAGCAUAAUGAGAGAUAUUUUUUUUGAUUUCUUUGCUACAUGCACACUGCAUGAUGUGGUUUUCAAGGGGUUUUGUGAAAACUCCCGUCCAUCUUGUUGCGUUUACAUUUUCCGAAACUGGAAACGUUUCCUUAGGCAUUUCAUAUCCAGCAGCGCUGCGUGACAUGGAUCUGCUGCGUAAUGUAUUUCUGUACAUACAGAGAGCUAUAUUUUAACCUUUGCACUGGUUUGUUGGCAAGUGCACUUUAGUGACAACCUUGAAUCAACCUCUACUAGCUUAAAAAAAAUACAAACAGCUUUUUGUGUGUGUGGUUACUGUUAGAAAAUUGCACUUGCUUCUUUUGGUCUGAAGGUCGUGUCGUGGGCUUAUUGUGAGAGGUAAAGUCUGGUCUCAUCUGUUCGGCCGUCGUCUCGUUAUCAAAAUGUUCGCUGUCUUGCAGAACAACUGAUAACUUGACAGAGUGUUUUUUUUUUGUUGGGAAAGCUGUUACAUUGUAAGCAGUGAUGGUCACUAGCUGUGUUUCCAUUACAAAUGUGCGCAAAUCUGUGUCUACAAUAAUGUCGAAAACACAAUUCCACAAUUGGCGUUUCCAUUAAAUAAUAAAUGAAAUCAAAAUCACACGUGUUCACACGACAAGUUUUCAAAAAUCUUGGCUGCGACAGAUGUAAACAUUUACAUGAGAUGUAUUCAUAAUUCAGCGCUGAUCAGCCAAUCAGAGGAGACGUCUUAUUCAGGUGCUGGAGCAACAAACCCCGCCUACUUGGGAGCGGGUAUGUGUGAGGCGUUUUGGGGAAAUUGUAGUCGACAUGUUGCAGAAUGACACGGAUGUCUGAAAAAAACAAAAGUUAAGCAUCAUCCUCCUCCUCUGUUCUGUCGUUAUCUUUGUAACAUCUGGUUGUUGAUCACGUGACUCGUGUGAUCCGAAAAAUUUUGAUACAACAGAAAAAAACCACCUGAUCUUAGCGCAAAAACUUAUUGAGGAACACAAGUUUUUCUGAAUUGCCAUGUUUCUAUUAAGCAAAUUUAUUUGCGUAAUUCCAAUUUGAGCAAUUUUACUGUCAAUGGAAACGCAGCUGGUCACAUGGCCGUAGUUUUGAAGCAGAGACUGUCUUCAAAACGCCACAACGCAAAGCUGCCACGCCUCAUUUUGCUACUCACACACCCCGAUACACACGCUUUGUCUGGAUGAGGCUCGAGCCUGUGUGUGUUACAGGUCUCCCGUGUUUGGCCACUAAGAAUAAAUGCAGAGAAAAAAAGGGUUGAGUGUGCCCUUCAAAGUUAGCUACAAAAUGGUUUCCUGCUCUGUUGGAAGGGUGAAUUGUCACAAGAAUUACAAAAUGACAUUUAUAGUUUUGAAGUCCGAUCAGACAGUGGAAAACAGUGUUUGUUACGUACAGCUCAGUAGCUGUAAAAGAGUGUGCUGAUGUUGCUAAUGGUACAUUUUGAGGGGUUCCCCAAACCCAGCUCGUCCUUUUUAGUUUCUCUGUCAACCUUCAGAACUAUGUGACUUGAGCCUCUCUGUAUUCAGUCGCCCUUUACUGGAGUGCGUGAAUUAUUUAUGUGUUCUCUACACCGUUGCUCGGCUACCUUUCCUGUGUUUGAACUGAAUGUAAAAAAGUUUGAAGUCACUUUGAGGAACUUCCAUUGAUUUCCUCUUACUUACAUACAUGUAUUGUACCUUAACUAGUACUACAUCUGUGCCAAUAUUACUGAAAUAUUUUUAUAUGUUGCUGACCAUACUGUAUGUACUCUGAAGUAGCUUGUGUUCUAUGUAUCAAAUUAAAAAUACUAUAUAUAUGUAUAUAUAUCAUAGUAUUAUCCAAUGAAGUUAGAAAUAAAAAGUAUUCCUUUUGCAUUCCGUUUA